AUGCCUUUUAAGAUCUUUUCAAAGAAUUCACAAGAAUCUUCUGAUUCAAAAUUAUCAUUAUUAUCCAAGGCGGAAUUCAAGAAACUUGAGAAGAACAUGAAGACUCUUUAUUUCACUGGAUUAUUCCAGAAAAACCAGGCAACCGCCAGGUUUAUUGCCAAGUAUCAGAAGGCAAAAUUAAACUCCACCUAUCCAAUCACAAUGACUGAGUUCUUGCAGUCUUGUUAUAAAGAAACAACCCAAGAAAAAAUACCAGAGACAAUUCACGACAUAUUUGUUCAAAUCUCAAUGAACGAAGACUUAGAGAACUACAAUCCAGAACCCGCUGACAAUACAACUGAAUCAUCAACCGGCUUAGAAUCAUCUUCUGAUAAUACCGCCACUACUGAUCCUACUUCUAUGUCUCUCACUACUGUUGCUGUUGAAAUUACCACUGCCCCUGUUGUUGCUGCUGUUGCUCCUGUUGUUGUUGCCGCUGCUGAAACUACCACCGCUGCUGUUGCUCCUGUUGUUGCUCCUGUUGUUGGUGCCACUGUUGUUCCUACUCCUAUUCCUGCUACUGCCACUACUGCCACCAAUACAGUUUUAAUUUCAUCGGAUACAAUUUUAUUUUCAUCGGAUGCUGAGAACUCAGAAGAAGAAGAGGAAAUCGACUUUCAAGCCAUGUAUAAUACCAAAACUUCAUUUAAGUCUAAACUUUUUAACAACUGGUACAAAACCAAAAUUCAAUCCAAAGCGUUUAGAAUCAAUAGUGCCAAACGAAUCAAGAAAUUGUUCACGUUCUUUUCAAAAGAGAAUAGUUUAGAUCAUGCGGACUGUUUUGAAUUGUCCACUGAGGAAAACUGUGAACUAUUGGGAAUUG